CCCAAAAUCAAGCCUGGUCUGCUUCGCAAAAGUUCCCGGAAGUCAUAGGAUGUUACGCCUCUGGGUUUAGAAAAUCUGUGACCAGAAUCUCUGUUGCGCCUCACGUGGGGUGACCCUAAUGACCCUCUGGCUACAUUCGUUGUGGGAAAUCUGUCCCGGCAAGCUACCCAAAUUAUUUAUUGAGUUAAAUGCUAGCACAGUGUAAUUGAAAUUUGCAAUCAUCUUUCGAUGAAAUGAUGUCAGCGAACGGACUGUCGACCAGAAUUCAGCAGUUUUUGGAUCCCCACGCGCUGGCACAUACUCCGAGCCCUUUCCACCGCCUCGGCCAGCAGAUGCAGGACAUCUUGGGCGAUGGAGGGAUCCUGAAGGAAGUGGUCCAACCUGGAGAAGGCCCACCAGUGCCAAGAGAUUCAUCUGUCUCAAUCCAUUUCUCUGGAUUUUUGGAGUACUCUGACCGACCAUUUGAGACCACCAGCCAUCUGAAGUACCCUCGAAUGAUGAAGCUUGGAAGAGACGUGACUCUGUGUGGCCUUGAGCUUGGUAUUCUGACCAUGAGGAAGGGAGAGUUCUCUCGUUUUCUCUUCCUGCCUGAGUACGCCUAUGGAGCGAUGGGCUGCCCUCCACUCAUUCCUCCUGUAGCCACUGUGCUCUACGAGGUGCAGGUCCUCGACUUCCUCGACUCGGCCGAAGUGGAUGAGUUCUUCGCAAUGAGUCCGGUCAUGCAUCUCUGCUUACUGGGGAUUAGUUGUGACUUUGUUGGCUGCCGCUCCCAAACCCAUCUCUUCCGCCAGGAGGAGCAGAACACAGCUCCUCUGUCCAUGCUCCUCAACGUGGUCGACACAGAGCGCAGCUUUGGCAACCGCUGCUUCAACCACAGUCGCUUCGAGGACGCCAAAGAUCGCUACAAGCAGGCGGUCACUCUGCUGGGGAAUCGGAAGGCGGAGGAUGAGGAGGAGAAGAGGAGCAUUGUGGCAGGGCAGCUACCCAUCUACCUCAACCUGUCGUUGACCCAGCUCCGCCUGGACAGGCCCCUGAAAGCCCUGGAGUAUGGCCACAAGGCCCUGAAGAUCGACCCCAACAACACCAAGGCCCUGUUCCGCUGUGGUCAGGCCUAUUUGGAGUUGUUUGACUUUGAGAAAGCCCAGGAUUACCUCACGAUGGCUCAGGCCAACAAACCUUUUGACGUCGACAUCAACAAUCUCCUGAGGAAGCUUGCCAUACACUACAAGGACUGUUUGGACAAAGAGAAAGAGCUGUGCUCCAAGAUGUUUGCUGACUUUGUGAAGAAGUGAAGGUGAUGGUGUAUGUGGAACUUAAAGUCAACACCAAUGACUCACAAGCCUCACUACAAUAUGUAGAUAUAUUCACUUUGAUUUCAAGUUUUUUUGUUCAUAAUGUACCAAAAUGUAGAAAGCUAUUCUGUACACCAAAUCCAACUGCAGUUGGACACAGAGUGAAAUUAUAGAGUGAAAAAGUGUAUUUUUGUGUUCAUCUUACAAUAUUUUCAGGGGCCAUGGUUGUUUAUUGAGAUAUAUUCAAGAAGUAAAGCCUCUUUCCAAAACA